GAGGGAGACAGAGAGGGACACACACACACACACACACACACAUAGAGAGAUGUGUGUACUUAAUUAAAAAAGGAUAGUGAGCGGAUUCAGCCGCUUGCUCUGAAUGCUCUCAGCUUCUCACCGUCUCACCCCGACGACAGAGAGAAAAGGACGCCGCGGGAGGGGAGGGAAACGUACAGGAGCUCAGGCUGAUGCAUCUGUGCCUCAGCAUCCAUUUCACAGAGAUUACAGUCGGGAGCAGAGGAGACCGCGCGCAUUUCUCCGAGAAACGCGGUGGUCUUGCUGAGAACCGGACAGAACGGAUCUCUCCGGCGCUAUAGUGGCAGCAAAUCUGUGUGCCAGGUGCAGAGGCUGAUUAGGACGCAGACGGAAUAUAUACGACCGCGUUAAGUUUGGUUUUCUUCUGAAAUUAUUAUUAUUUUCUGGAAGUUGCCCAGUGAGAGAAAGAGAAAAAGGAAGAAGCAAACAAACAUGGGAAUGUGUGGCUACCUGGCAGAACCUGGGAAAUUCCUGGUCGUCCUCGGACUUAAAUUGCUACUCCUUGUACCUGCAGGAGUUCCAGCCAGGAGCGGGGAUUCUGCACUGAAGGACAACAUCACCGUGAGACAGGGGGACAGCGCCGUGUUAAAAUGCAGCGUCGAUAGCAAAGUCUCUCGAGUGGCUUGGCUCAACCGCACCACCAUUCUGUUUGCGGGGACUGAGAAGUGGUCUUUGGAUCCCCGUGUCAUCCUGAUGGAAAACACUGCCAUCACAGAGUACAGCAUUCAGAUCCAAAAUGUUAACGUUCACGAUGAGGGACCUUACAUCUGCUCCAUCCUCACCAACAAGAAACCAAAAUCCACAAAAGUGCAUCUCAUUGUUCAAGUACCUGCCAAGAUAACGAAUAUAUCGAAGGACGUCACCGUGAACGAGGGCAGCAGCGUCAAUCUGAUGUGCCAGGCGGUGGGACGACCUGAGGCCAGCGUCACCUGGAGGCAUCAGUCACCGAGAGGUGGCCAUAAAUUUGUGACCGAGGGGGAACAUUUGGAGCUGAUCUCCAUCACCAAAGAGCAGUCGGGAAUAUACGAGUGCAUCGCCUCAAACGACAUCUCCAGCUCUGACAUCCGGAGAGUGCAAGUCACAGUCAACUACCCUCCCUUCAUUUCCAAGGCGAGGAGUACAGGCACUCCGGUUGGACAAAGAGGGGUUCUGCAGUGCGAAGCCUCUGCCGUUCCGAGGGCAGAUUUUGAGUGGUACAAAGACGACCGCAGGCUUCUCAAUGGAAUAAACGGUCUUAAGAUAGAGACUCAAGGAAAACAGUCACUGCUCAUCUUUUUCAACGUCUCAGAAGAAGACUAUGGAAACUACACCUGUGUCGCCAUGAACACCAUGGGAAUCACUAAUGCCAGUAUAAUUCUUUAUGGUCCGGGUGCAAUGCAUGAUGUAAACGGGACGCCCAUGUUCCGCCGCUGCUCCCUCUGCCUCCUGCUGACUGUAGCCUUAUCCCACAUGCUCAAGUUCUGAUGGAAAACGUGGCCCUCACUCCGAGCUUCUCGCAGCGCUGAGCAACAAGAACAGACGAUUUAGUCCUGAGAGAAGAACAGGAAAAACCAAGAACGCCACUGGCUCACACUCUUUGCUUUCUUUCGUAUUUCCUUUUCGGCUUUACAUCGGAGUCUGUUCUCUGUCGGUUCACCAAGAGUGACAGGCAACUGUGGAGAGAAGGGAAACGUUUAAACAUGCACUAAUUUGAUGAUGGUAAAACUACAGAGCUUGUGUGUCCCCCCCCCCAAAAAAAAAACCUUCUUUUGUAUGUGACAUAGGAAAAAAAAAAAAGAAUAAAGAAAAAAAUGUGUGUUACUGUUGAUAGUUGACUGUUUGUUGCCCAAUAUUGAAGUGUAAAUUCAGAUUAAUACUAUUAUUGUGUGACAUCUGUUCAAUAUCUGUACAGUACCAGUAAGCUUUUUUAAGUCGAUGAGAAAAAAGAAAAGGAAAUAAUGCAAUGUGAUUGUUGAAUUUCACUGUAUUUUUUACAGUUGUAUGCAAAACAGAAAGAACGCUGGUCCUUCGAGGCGAUCAGUCGAGAAUAUUACAGAAUACACCAUUAUUUCUCAGGCAAAGUCCUACUGCAUAGUGCAUCCUCAUUUUUACCUCGAUCAUAGUGUGUGUAGAAAAUGUACAAAGUGAACAGUUAACUCCUGCACUCUGAGAAGGCAUUAAUUUCUGAGAUUUUUUUUUUUUGAAACACCUCGUCAUCACAGAGUCAUAGCAGCUUCAAGGCAUGUUCAUACCGACAGUCUGAAUUUCGAUUCGUGCGACUCACUGGUUUGAUUUUUGCUUUAAAUUAAAAGCGUUAGGAGGGACGACGGUUCGGUCUGCGCGCUGUCGGCUCAGAACUGACGCCUGUUUGACAGCGUCGUGAACUGUGUCAGCUUUAAUUAACGACUUCUUACUUUUUGAUUUUGUUGUACCUAUUGUUCCCAAACCAUUAUAUUUCCUCUGUCCUCUAGACUCCUUGCUUUAAACAAGCCCAGGUUAUUUAAUCCAUAUCUUCUUAGACUGCCACAGUGGUCCUCAUGCUUCUUUUCUGAGCAUUAGACCUCUAUGCAAACCAGACUUUAUGUUUCGAUUUUACAGCCAUCUUUUUGACGUUUAAGGGAAAACGCAUGACAGGUUAAUUGUGCUAAAUCUUUAUUCUAUCUACGUUUAUAGUUUAUUUUUUUGACAUUUUAUUUAUUGUUGCUGGGAAAUGGAAGUAAAACUUAAAUGUGCAAUGUUCACACCUAAAGCAAUCAUUCCUCUCAAUUCAUAUCAGUAUAAGUAUUACUGAGAAUCUGGGAUGUUUCUGAUCAGGAUUCCAGUGAGGCUGAGUUGCAUUCAUGGUUUUAAAUUUUUGUCUACCACAACGGUGGACACGU